AUGCAAAUAGGAUAUAAUGAAAUAAUGAUUGUCUCGAAGUAUUUUGAAGAUAUUAAUGAUUUUAUUAAUUUAGAAAUGGGAGUUAAAAGAUUUAGAGGAAAUAUGGAACGAUUUCAUUUUAAUCCAAUUCCAUUGAAUCAAUAUUCAAGAAAAUUAUUUCCUAAUAUUGAAACAUUUCAUAUUUAUAAUAAAGAAGAUGAAAUAUUUAAAGAUGGAAAAAUAUUUAAACAAAUAAUAUGGUAUAAAGUGAAUUAUUCAAGAUAUUUAUUAGAGAAAGAAGAAAUGAAUGAAUGUAAAAAUAUCGAAUAUACAAAAGAAGAUGGAGAAGAAUAUGGAAAUACAAUACCAAUAGAAGUUAAUUCACUUGGAAAUGAAUGUUUUUAUGGAUGUGAUGAUAUUCAAUCAAUUAAUAUACCAACAAGUAUUAGUAAAAUAGGAGACUAUUGUUUUUAUGAAUGUUCAUCAUUAAAAACAAUUAAUAUACCAACAAGUGUAAUUGAAAUAGGAAAUAGAUGUUUUUAUGAAUGUUUAUCAUUAAAAUCAAUUGAAAUACCAACAAGUGUAAUUGAAAUAGGAUAUGAAUGUUUUCGUUGGUGUUUAUCAUUAAAAUCAAUUGAAAUACCAACAAAUGUUAGUAAAAUAGGAUAUGACUGUUUUAAUUUUUGUACAUCAUUAAAAUCAAUUAAUAUAGAAGAUGUAAAAUAUAUAAGUGAAGAAAGAAUAUUUAUGAAUGAACCAGUGUUAAUUAGUAUUGAAAUACCAAAGAAUUUAAAAAUGAUAAAUGGAAAGAAGAUUAAAAAGAAAGAUAUUAAUGAAUUUAUUAUUCCAUCAACAAUCACUAAAAUAGGAGAAUGUUGUUUUUAUGAAUGUACAUCAUUAACAUCAAUUAAUAUACCAACAAGUGUAAGUACAAUAGGAGAUUAUUGUUUUUAUGAAUGUUCAUCACUAAAAACAAUUAAUAUACCAUCAUCAAUUACAUCAUUUGGAAAGGGAUGUUUUUAUCAUUGUGGAUGUGAAGAAGAAUUAAAGAAGAAUGAAACAAUACCAAAAUAUUGCUUUGAAGAAUAA